AUGGCUUCCCUUGUCAUGCUCUCUGCUGCUCUCCUUCUCGGCCUCCUCCUGCCUUUCUCCAUGGCCGACAACGUUCUCCUUGGCGGCGACAGGCUGAAAACCGGAGAAUCCCUCACCGAAGGGGACUUUAGCUUCGAUAUGCAGUUCGACUGCAACCUGGUGCUGUACGACAACGGCCAGCCCGUGUGGUCCCCCCCAUCCAACGGCCUAGGCAACAGCUGCUUCGCCUACUUGCAGACCAACGGCAACUUCGUUAUCUACAACGGCAACGGCCAGGUUGUUUGGACGAGCAACACCGCCGGCGAGGAGGGCAACUACAUCCUCGUCCUGCAGCGCGACGGCAACGUCGUCAUCUACAGCCGCCCAAUAUUUACCAUCCCCCCCAAUUCCAAAGGCGUCGUGAUGGUCAAAAGGGGCCACAACCAUGAACUCGUGAACAGGAAGAUCGCCAUGGAGACUAAAAAUUAG